AGACGCUUAUCCAAAGAAUUAAUUAUAUCGGACGUAUCAGUUGUCGUAUCGCUUUGGUCGUUUGCCUUUGCCACAAGCACGUGGAUGGUCAAUAAAAUAGCCAACAUCCUAACGUAAUGCACCAGGGAGAGGGCUUGACUUUAUGCGCUUGAAGGCCUUGAAAGUCCCCAUCCUUUUUCUGAGGGCGCGUUGCGCCAGCUCGUAAGCUGUACCAUAGUGGACAUACGCCAUAAUGGGAAACACUACCUCGCACAAACAUGAGCCCACUGUAGGCUCAGACCAUGAUCACUACCGGCAUGCAUCCCCGCCAAUCAGUCCAGGCUCGCCCCUUACAUACAGUCCACAAAUACCCAUGGAGCCCAUUUCUCGCGCUGAAGAGGUUUCAUCAAAUCGCGGUGCUCCCGACUUUCACGGCGUGGCAUGCUGGCCUGCGCAACCCAAAGUUGUCCCCGUCGUCAUACAAUGGAGUCACGGUGGCACUCACGUCGAGGUUGAGGGAUCCUUCGAUAACUGGACGACUCGGCAGCCGCUGCAAAAGUCUGGAAAGGACUUCACCAUCAUCAAGCUGCUGCCGCCGGGUGUUUACCAGUACAAGUUUAUUGUGGACGGCGAAUGGAAGUAUGACCCCAACCAGCCUGCUAUGUACGACGAGAUGCAAAAUGUGAACAACGUCAUCGAGGUGCACGAGUACGUGCCCGAGAACCUCGAGGGCGUGUCGGGGUUCGAGCCGCCUCCGUCGCCGCCCUCCAGCUACAACUGCCCCACGCCCGUGGCCGACGACUACGCCAAGGAGCCUCCUGCCAUGCCGGCGCACCUGCAACUCACACUACUCAACGUCCCGCCGGCGCUCGACGCCCAGGCCGUACUACCCCGGCCGCAGCACGUCAUCUUGAAUCACGUCUACUGCCAAAGAGGACAGAACGUCCAAGCCCUUGUCGUAGGGACCACAACCCGCUACAAGUCCAAAUACAUCACGACCGUCAUGUACAAGCCCAAGGCCCGACGGCGUGUGCUUGAGAACAACAACCUUCGGAGUGACUGAGCCUGAGAGGAACAUUGGGCGCCAAGGAGGAAGCAGGAUUUGCCGGCAGCCGCAAACUGAAGCAGCACGCUGUGCUCUGAGCGCGCCCUUCUUUUUGUCUGCCCAUGUUCUACAAAAGAACUGAUAUCGUUGUGAUCAUGCAAUGUAACUUCUGAAACGUC